AUGUAACCUGGGGCUUGACGCGAGACCCAGCGGACGUCUUGGACAGGCAAAAAUGCCUCGCUGCUCUGGCAGCCCUCCGCCACGCUAAGUGGUUCCAGGCUAGGGCCAACGGACUCCAAUCCUGUGUGAUUGUUAUUCGUAUCCUGCGUGACCUCUGUCAGAGGGUCCCCACGUGGUCCGCCUUCCCCAGCUGGGCCAUGGAGCUGCUGGUAGAGAAGGCCAUUAGCAGUGCCUCUGGCCCCCUGAGCCCAGGCGAUGCACUGAGACGAGUCUUGGAAUGUAUAUCCUCUGGAGUCCUGCUCCCCGGUGGUCCGGGAUUGGUCGACCCGUGUGAGAAGAACCCCACUGACACCCUGACAACCAUGGAGGAGCAGCACAGAGAGGACAUCACCUCAAGUGCCCAGUUUGCUCUGCGGCUGCUAGCGUUCCGUCAGAUCCACAAGGUGCUGGGCAUGGACCCACUGCCCCAGAUGAACCCUCGCUUCAACGUCCACAACAACCGCAAGCGUCGCCGCGACAUCGACGGAGCAGACGGCUUCGAGGGCGAAGGGAAGAAGGACAAGAAAGAUUUCGACUAGUAGUUACUAGGAUCUGUCCCACCAGUCACCUUUUUUAAAAUUCAUUUAAAGUAGUCUGUGGACACGUUCCAGACAGACUACAUUGCAGUCGUCUGCCAGAUCUACACAACACCUAGAUAUGGUGUUUUUAAGAUGUGAACUAACCGCAUCAUAUGAUAAAACGAUGUUCUGAUGCCAGUUUGUGCAGUCAUAUACGUGGCACACCGCCAUUGGUCGAUUCCCGUAGCAAGACUGCAAUGUAGUCRGCCUGAAACGCUGCCUAUAUGUACCUUUUUUUUUAUUUUCUGUUGUCUCUGAUAUUAACAAUGGGGUUUGUUUAGAAUCUAAAGACCACAUCGGAUAGGGCCUGGUCCUGUAAGCCAUAUAGACUAGCGCUGCGUUCAUUAGGGCACACGUUUUGCAACGGGUUUUUUUUGAAAAUAAGUUCUUAUUCGGGACAAUUCCAAAAUAAUGUCAGUCUGUUUUCUUCCAUUUGUUGCCUAAAAUAAAUAAGACUCUAUUUUGACUGCAGCUCACUGUAUAGGCUUACUGCAGCACCCAGUUUGUCCACGAUGUUUUGGCUAGCGAUUGAUAUGACCUGUGGUCGGGACAAACUUCUCCUUCCUAGCGCUGAUACUACUUGUACCCCUUCUGCUUCUCCAUGACAACGGGGCUUCCUCAACAUCUACUCCUUUUAAGGACCCCCCCCCCCCCCCCCCUUAUUUUCGGGACCGACUUUCCAGGUUGAAGUUAUGAAAAAGGACAGAUCUAAUUGUUAAUAAAUCCGGAGGAUUAUAAUACAUGUCAAUGCCUAACAUGCAUGUUAUUUUUAGUUGCUUACAUUCAGUGUUGGUUGUUUAGUGAGAAAGUUUAAUACCUCAUUGUGAAGCCUAUAAUUCGAUCAGUCGCCAGUAAAUGUUUUAUUUUCCUAUAAACUGUCAUUUUGAAUAUGGUUUCUUUUUCUUUUUUUAAGUGGCAUAAAGUGGUGUAAAAUCUAUCGUCUUGUCCCCAAUAUGGCCAGACUGCAAUGUGUUCUAAUGUUUAAAACAGGCCCCUUAAAUGUGGCUCUGUUAUACUACAUUUUCUGAAGAAAACACUGAUUUCUUAUUGGUUGUUAGUAGUGCAGUUUUUCUCUAAUAUAUGAAAAUAUACCUUUAAUAUUCUUGCAAUGGAUCAAAAAAGUGUUUGGUUUGUUGAAGAGUGUGCAUGGCUGUGUUUUCAGAUUAUAAUUUUUUUUGUUAUCUUAUGGCUCUUAACAUGUUUUGGUUUUACAGAUUAAUUAUAAUGGGAAAUGUAAUGGCUUGCCCCUAAUCUUGGUUUAAUGUUGUAUACAUAUAGUUAAUUUGAAUAAUCUAUAGAAAAUGAAAAAACAGUGGAGUAAAAAAAAAAGGUGUAACGUUGAUGUUGUAAUUGAGGUUUAAAUGUAGAGCCAUUCUUUGACUUGUCAGCCUCUCUGUCUCAGUACCUGCUUUACCAUGGGCAGAAUAAAGACAUUUCCUCAAUGAAGGA